CGUUGCGAUGGUGUCGAGGAGGAAGAGAACGCCAGUGAAAUCCAUUAAGGACAGCCGCAACGGCCGCCGCCGCCGGCAAAAAUCUCCCGUCAAACAUGUAGUUGCCCCCUUCUCCGUGCUGGCCUCCAUCCGACGUCGCCUCUCAAAGUUUUUCUCCAGAUUCACGCGGACCGGCACUCCGAAUAGUCACAAAGGAUACACAAAAUUAAAGAAAAUGCAUUCCAAAGAACAACAUUGCGAAGAAUCCUUGAACGACAUUAGAAAGACCCUUGUCUUCAACAACCCUCUUCCACCCCUGAUCUCAUCUGAUAAGAGAACCAUCUUUCUUGAUCUGGACGAGACCCUGAUCCACUCCAAGACGGACCCGCCGCCGGAGAGGUUCGAUUUCGUCGUAAGGCCUAGGAUCGACGGUGUGAUGAUGAAUUUCUACGUGUUGAAGCGACCGGGAGUCGAUGAAUUCUUGGAAUACUUGGCCGCGAAGUUCGAGGUGGUGGUGUUCACCGCAGCCUUGAGAGAGUACGCGUCCAUGGUGCUGGACCGGCUCGACCGGAACGGGCUGAUCUCGCACCGGCUUUAUCGGGACUCGUGCAAACAGGUGGAAGGGAAGUUCGUGAAGGACUUGUCUGAGAUGGGGAGGGAUUUGAAACGGGUGGUUAUUGUCGACGACAACCCGAAUUCGUACGAGAACCAACCCGAUAACGCGAUUCCGAUCCCGCCGUUCGUCGACGAUCUUCGCGACCAAGAGCUGCAAAAACUCACAAGGUUUUUUCAGGUAUCUGACUACUACGAUGAUAUGAGGACGGCCGUGAAAUACUACCUUGCCGACGAAGAAUGUGCUCUGGAUUACUGAAAAGCCUUCAAAUUCUUUUGUUUGUGUUUUUUAGA